AUGGGUUUGAAUUUAAGUAGCGCUCAAAGUUAUCUUUGUAGAGUGAUUCAACUUUCAUCAAAGUAUAGCUGGAUCUUCAUAAAAAGGCACCCAUUAGUUUCUAGUGCCUUGAUUUUCCUCUUCGUGUUGUACUUGUUCCUUUCUUAUGUUUACCACUUCUUGCUUUACAUGUUCCCAUUCCUUUUGUGCACCGCAAUCUUUGUUAAAAUCUUUUGGAGCUCUGAGCAAAACCUUAUUAUAGAUGUAAAAAAGGACAGCAAGAAAAAGAAAGUGGAGAGUGAUGAAAUUGCUGAAAAAAGGCAUCCAAAUACACCAAUCUAUGGAAGGCAUGGAACCCUUGUUAAGUGUCCAUCACAAAAUGCAACAAGCAGAAGAAGGAACUUCACUGGGAGGAAGUUGGAUGUGUACGGCGAUCUAGAACACAAGGCGAAAGAUUUGACCGAAGUGUUCCAAAAUGAAUUCACUAACAUAAUGUUUGGAAAAUCAAGAUCUUAUAGGGUAGAUGAUGAUCAUUCGGAUUUCUAUGACUCUGUGGUGAAACAUGAGACUCCUAAGUGUAAAAACGUGUUCUCUUCCGAACUACCACCACUGCCUGCCACCCCGAAUCCACGCAAUGUUAAUCUCCACAAUGAUACCAAGAAAGAAGAGACUGAUGAAAAGAAUCCCAAGGAUGAAGAAGUUAAAGAAGAUAUCGAGAAAUCUGGUGAGAUGACAGAGGAUGAGCAGAAAGUUCCAAUGGAUAUAGGUAUCGCCGUGACGGAGAGAACCAAGAGGCUAGAGAACCUGAUGGUAAGGAGAAGAGCAAGGGAGCAACUGAAGUUGCACAUUGAGAAAGUUUUGGUUGAUAUGAAAUCAUCAGCUGCCAGAGGACAAAACAUUGCACCAUUGCUUGUGGCAAAAGUAAACAACUCUAUGGAUUCUUCAAAGGAUGAUUUUGAUGGCAUAGAGAUGCCAGGUUCUGCACCAGCUAUGAGAAGUCCUUUUGAUAUUCCCUAUGAUCCUUAUGAAGAGAAACCCAAUCUAACUGGGGAUAACUUUGCUCAAGAAUUCCCUUCUAGUCCACCACCCAACAAGGAUACGGCAUUCAGCAGGCAUGAAAGCUUCAUUUAUGGAUCCUCAUAUCAAAGUAGAGGAAACCAUGACUGGUUUAGCCAAUUAUCCAGAUACGGCACUGAAGCAGCUGAAUCAGUAACUCCUAAUCCACUAAGCGACUACGACGAAACCACACAUGACGAAGCAGAAGAGAGAUGCGAAUUCGAAGAUAACGACGACAUCGAAAGAAAAGAAGAGGACGUUGAAGCAGCAGAAGAGAUCAACAAUGCUGCUCCAACAAUCAAGCAUAACGUAACUCAAUCACAGAUAGAAGAAAUCGCAGAAGACAACGACUCUGUCUACAAAUCCGUUCCAGCUACCCUAGCCGCCGCCGCUAACGCUAACGCUAACAACGAUAAAAAUAAUCAAGAAAACGCGACCUUAGACAACAGUACGUUAAGAAGCCACACACCUUCGCUUUCUCUGGCUUCAGAUCUGCAAGUUGAAGUUUCCGAAGUCGGUUCGCCAACCGUAACCGUCGAUGAGAGCCAUGACACCGUUACUACCACAGAUGGAGAGUCUGUGUUGUACGACGGAGACGUCGACAGAGACGUUACGUCCGGUAGCGAAGACAUGUGGGGAGCGUCGCUGCACGCGCGAGAAAGGCGAAGAGUUAGCGAGCAAGACAUAUCGGAAUUGAGUCACUGGAGGGAGAUUUCUUCGCCGGGUUCUUUGAACGUAGACGAGGCAGAGAACGCGGCUGAUGUGAGUUCAAUGUCUUCGAAAUCAGACUUGCCGGAAGAUACACCUAGUGCAACUCAUGCUGGAAGCAGAGAUCACAAUAUCUUUGGAAUUGGUAUGAUGGAUUUUAGAGGAGAAAUUUCCAGUAGAUCACAUCCUUCCCCUUCUUCUUCUUCUUCUUCCAAAGUGCCGCCGCGACGGAAGCGAUUUAUACCUAGCCGUAGCGCCGAGCGUACACCUGAUCGUCGACCACAAUAUUCAGAAAAAGAAGAGGAAUGGAUUAAUGUGACAGAGAAUUUGAUAAACAGGGUAGUAAACAACUCGGCAACUACUGAACAAGAAAACAUUCAGAUCAUGAAAGGUAAUGAAGAUAGUGGUGGUGCAUCAGUUGUAAGACAAAAAGUAGUUUAUGAAGUUCCAACCAACUCAAGUUCAUCAACUUCACCAAGGUCUAUAUUAUUCCAUAAGGCCAUGGUAGACCAAGCUUCUUCAUCAGCUCAUAAUCAGGAAAUGCAAUUAGACGUUCAACAAUCUAACGUUGAGGAUACGGUACCAGAAACCUUAUACGGUGAAAGCGAACUUGACAACAAGCCUCAAAAUAAUCAGCCUUUAGACCUUAGUCAUUCUCAGGAGCAUAGCCAUUCCCCUGAUACUUUCAUUGAAGAAUCAAAGAAAGACGAGAGCAAUGAAGGCAAACUGAUACCUUUAAUUAGACAAGAUGAUAGUGCAGAACCCUCUAUACCAGCUGAGGUGAUGGCUUCAAAAGACAUGAAUGAGAAAUCAAGAGAUUUAUUUGAUGAUAAGGAGACCAUGAACUCACAAAUGCAAGAAUCAUCCUCACUAGUACACACAGAGAGUGAAGAUAAACCCCAAGAAUCAAUAACACAAGAGGCUACCGAGGAACCAUUAAUAAAUUUUGAAGCAAGUGGCACAAAUUAUACUAAAGAUGUUGAAGGAGAACAUGCAGAUUUGAAUAUGAAUGAAGUCAUAGGUUUAUCGGAAUCAAAAGGUGAAAGUGAUAACAAGAAUGAAUUAGAUAAGUCACAUCAUGCCUCAGAAGAAGUGAAUCUUUUGCAAAAGGAGCCAAAUCAAAAGGUUGAAGAUCAUAUGAAGCAAGACAAGUUGGACACACAAAAAAUCUCUGAAGAAUCUUCACUACCAAAGGUCACUGAUGUAAUCAUCGAUGCGGAAGAGAAGUUAUUAGAAUCUGAUAAUAGCAAUAAUGAAACCAAGCUUUUGUCUAAAUCAACAAAUGAAAUUGAUGAGGUGAGUAACAACGAAAAUGAAAAAGCAUGA